GGCUGGGCCGGGGGUUCUGGCCGCUGCCGCGUGGGCUGAGCCGGUGGAGCGGGAAGGGGACGCUCUCGCCGCCAUUUGGGAGCCGCCUGCCCAGCGCCUCCGGGCGUAGGCGAAGCCCGCAGAGCCCUGAGAUGCCCGAGAGGAGGAAGCGCCCCGGCUUUGCUCGUUUUUUCCCCCCCCAAAAUCGCGUGCUGGGGCAAUGCUGGAGGCACCUCCGGGGCACGGAGCCCUUGUGCCGCUUCGCGCUGCUGGGUGGUAGCGGCGGCUCGGGGCGCGUGUCGGGGCUCCUGACCCGGCCCGUUCUGGGGGAAGUUUGGUGUGUUUUUGUCGAGGAGUUUGGGAGCGUUUCGUGGCACAAAGCCCACGAAGCCAUAGGUCAGAGUCCGAGUGCCAUGGAGGAUAUGCUGGAUGUAGAAAAUAAGCGUAUGGCAGACAGCCUAGCCAGCAAGGUCACCCGGCUGAAGUCGCUGGCUCUGGAUAUUGACAAAGAUGCUGAUGAUCAAAACCGUUACCUGGAUGGCAUGGAUUCAGAUUUUAUGAGUGUGACUGGCCUACUAACUGGCAGUGUGAAGCGUUUCUCCACCAUGACGCGGUCCGGGAGGGAUAAUCGCAAGUUGCUCUGUUCUGUUUCAGCUGGACUGAUUGUUGUUUUCUUCAUUCUCUACUAUCUUGUGUCCAGAGCAGGGACUUGAGCUUGUUCUGCAAGUUAUACAGAACAAAAAACACGAUUAACAGACUUAUUCAAUGCCUAUCUCAGUCUGCCCUGUGGUGGAGUCUUUGAGAUGUUCCUGACUGACCUUCCAAAUAACUUUUCUUUACACCAGCUUUUUGUCAUUGUUCUGGCUGGUCUCAGACAUCACUUUAUAAAAUGAGUAUGUUUGAUCCUAAACAGAUUUUCAUGUGUAACACAAUUUGAUGUUGUUAAAUGUUUACGCCUUUAAUUCUUGCCUUGUCGUCCAUGUCUUGCGGCCUAUUUUUAAGGGCCAUUUUUGCAUUACCUCCCUUUCUGAUAAUGGGUAGGAGAUAUGUCUUGUGAGGAGAUAUGGCUGACAAAUCCAGAGACUUGUCGAUACUCAAAAGUUUAAUAAGCCAGCUGAGCUUUGGAAGCUGUAGAGUUUAGGAUGCCAAUUUAUGAGAUUUGGAAGUAUGAAUGUGUGGUGUACAUUCUUGUGUGGCCACUCAACUUAUAACUGGUCUCAGUUUUCCCUUGACUUGGAGACCUGUUAACGUCAUUGGUGUCCCUGGGUUGAAAUGAAAUCUGUGCUGCUUUGAAAUGAAAUUAACAGUAGAUCUGGACCCAGAUACUCUCUAAUUGUUGCAGUGAAAUGCUGCAGAGGAGCAAGACUAUUUAAAUGCCAGUUUGGUCUUUAUCAUCCUUCUGUGUAAAGCUGGGGGUGAACCCUGCAAGAAAGGAGGGCCAAAGUCUACAAGCCACAUUGAUUUACACAUGUAUAGUAUCUCCCGGUACCUUCCCACACACUUGCAAUACACUCCCCUAGAGUACUAAAUCAGUGUGAGGAAAAUCUGAUAGGAAAAGGUCCAGUUAAUUUCAGUUAUUAUGGUACCCUGGUAUUAGAGCACUUUGGGAAGAUGUUGUGCAAAUAAAAGCAGAGGUUGAGAUCAAGUGAAACUCCUGAACGGUACUGUUGGGGUGGUGGUGGUAGGCCAAGGAAGGAUUUGAUCAGAGGGUUGAUUUGUUUAUUUAUUUAUUCACGUAGAAGGUAACGUAAGGAAUUCUUGCAUCACCUUUCAUCGUGCUUUGGGGAUCCCUGCCUGCAGUGCUUGUGUGAGAUGUCUGGCAAGGCACAUCCCCACUGGUUUUGUUUACGAAGCAGUCAUUCCCGAUGAGCAUGCAAUGCGUGCCAGAUUCCCUCUCCCAAGGUGGUACAUGAAGCUCUGGGAGCGCAGUAGCUGGGAACUCCGUCUUCCCUUCACCGUCUUUGCCUUGCCUUGGGCUGAUCACUCACUCCAGCUGUAUGCUAACAUAGCUGAAUUAUUUAAGUCUGCCUGUGAUUGAAGUAAGAGAUUUGCAGCUUUAAAAAUACUGGGUCUGUUGGGAGAAAGAAAAAAGAAUUUAAAAUUAAAUGCUUUUUCUCUCUUCAGACAAACCUCCACUGCCUGUUGUAUAAACCUUUCACUUUCCAAAGCAGCUGAGCAGAGCUACAGUGUUUCAUCUUGUCUGUUUUGUGUACCACCUGCUCAUAUAUGCUGCUUUCCCUUGCUGGAAGUCAUUGCUUAUUUGUGUCUCUUACCUUCCGGUAACAACCACCUCUGCAGGACUGAAGCAUUCCUCCUCUGAUUUUGCUGUCUUUCUCCUCUACAGCAAGCCGAUAUUCAGCAGUGGCUGGAUGUUUCCUUUGGCCUCCCUCUUGUACCCGUUAGGAAUUCCUUUGUCCUUGGACUAACCCAGGUCCAGAUCUGUAAAUGGACUCUGUUGUCCUUUGUUCCAGCUAUACCAAACUACUCACAAAAUACUACCCUAACUGGAUUAGGUGUCUUUUUUUUCCAUAUUUGUGAAAAAAUAUGCAGGGAAGGCAAGUAGAAAGGAGGCAGCAAUAACUUUCUCUGGUUCUUCUUGCUGCUUCUCUGGUAAGAUGUUGCAGCUCCAAACUCUAUUUGGAAGAAUGAUGGGUGAAUUAAUGGACUUUGUUUUGAUUUUCUGAAGCAGAUCACUUCUGAUGAAAGGCCACUGGAACAGCCUGGUCUUCAUAAUGGUGGUGGUUUGGGUUUGCUUUUACUGUUGUAAAUAAAGCUCUGUUUUUAGAA